GUCAGUGGUAUCAAGCAGCUGGCGAAGAGCUCCAGGGAGAUUUAUAAAAGGUCUGAAGGGUCGAAUCAGAUCUCAGUUGGAGAGUUAUAGCAUUAGAGGAGCUGUUUUCACUCAGAGAGAAGAAAUAAGAUGCAGAUCUCCCCUGUGCAGUUGGUUGCUGUGAUGAUUCUUGUCAUCUUUACCAGCGGCCAUUGUCAACAGAAUGACAACCGUCGAGCGGUGACUGAACAUCAGCUGAUGCAUGAUCGUGGUCGAAACAUCCAGAGUCUGAAAAGGCUCAUCUGGCUUUCCAGCGCUAUGGAGGGUCUUCACACAGCACAGACCCGCUCAGCUGCUGCUACUGCUUUCACUCCUUCAAAGCUCCUGAGCUCCCCUCUGAAUCCAGUUCUGAUCCCAGCUGGAGAGAGCCCCCAAUCUGCUCAGGUCCAGAACAUGCUGAGAGACUUCUUUUAUCCUCAUUUGAAUCAUCUCUUGGAUGAAGAGCCCUGACUAACACCAUGUGAAUGCAUAUUAAACAUGAAAUAAAAUGUAC